GUGAAUAAAUCAGUUGAGCUUUUAUAUAUCAUCACAUUGGAUCAUAAUAAGAAUAAUUAUAAACUUAUUCUCUCUGAAGGAGUGAGCUUUAAAGGAGUAUUUUCAAGAUGUGUAGCCACGCUGGUUAUAGCCUGUUUAUUGCCUACACAACUCUCGCCAUCUUUUCAAUUCUUUUGAUAGCUGCCAUAGGUCUAUUGGCGGACAAAAAUCUGCUUCAAGAAGUCAUCACAGAGCUUACUGUGGAGCAGGAUGCUGAUCUUGCUGUAUACGCCACUUCACUUGGCAUUCGUUUAGCCAUAAUCCUAUUACUGAUUGUCGGCAUAGUCAUGGUCAUUGUAUCAUACUUCCUUAUUAAAGGCAUCCACAAGCAUCGACCCAUGCAUAUGAUACCAUGGUUGCUUAUAAUGUUUGUGCACAUUAUUGGCGGUUUAGUUUACAAUCUUGUGGUUUUACUUACAUCCUCCAGUCCAGCUGUCGACUUUAUUAUUGGCAUGACGUGUGUCGCUGUUCUAACUGCCAUAUUCUAUCCCAUAUACACGCUAUACAAGGCAAUGCGAAAGGGAGGUAAUCUUCCUCCUCCCCCACAAAUCGUAUAAAAGUUAAUAAGUAGAAAACUAAUAAUUCUCUACGAUUUGAUUUAUAACUUUAUUUUCAAA